AUGGUCGAUGUUCGUGGAAAGCGACCGCCGGUGGGGGCUGGCCGCGUGCUCGGAGAGGAGCGCCUGCACCGAGCCGACGAGGAAUCGCUGCGCGAGGAUUUGGCGCGGCUGAGGAGCCAGUAUGCCGCCGUCAGGCGCGAGGGUGCUGAGGUGCGGGAGCUCCUUCGCAGCGCCGAGCGCGACAGCAUGCGCAAGGACAAGCUUCUGCAGGAGCUCCUGUCCGCGGCCAAGGGCGGCCCCGGCGUGCUGGGCGAGGUCUUGGACCAUCUGAAGGAGGACCUGCAGGCCCUCUUACGGGCGAAGCGCACGGCGCACGAGGUCCGGCAGCAGCUCGAUGAGAAGGAGGCGAAGAUCGCAGCCAUCCACCAGGAGCUGCGGUCCACGAAUCUCGAGGAGCUCGAGGCGGCAGUGUCGCUUGCCAAGGCAGAAGCCAAGGAGAAGGCGGAGGAGUGGGCCAAAGUGAAUGCUGGAAGGGAGGACCCGCCCUGCUACGCGGAAUCGACGCGCCUGCAGAGGGACUGCCAGGAGAUUUGCCAGCAGAUCCUUGAUGCGGAGAAUGAGACGACCUUGGUUCAGCGGCAGCUCGUGCAACUUCAGGACGAGCGCAGCUCCCUGGACGCCUCGGCACAGCAGCAUGAGCAGCAGGCGCUGUCCUUGAAGGAGAAGCGCGAAGAGAUCGAGCGGCAGAAGGAGCAGUGCGAGCGCUCCUUGGGGAACUUGAGCGACCUGGAGGCAGAGCUUCGGGAGAAGCAGGAGAGCCGCGACGCCUCGGCCCAGCGCCUGGCGGAGGCGCAGAGCAAAGCCCCGAGAGAUCAGCGGGCAGUGCCCGUUGCCAGCAGUGCGGUGAUCCACAUAGAACCAGAAAGCCGCUCGCCAAAGCAGCGCGUGCUGCCGAGGCAGCCGCCGAUGAUGCCGGAGGUGCCGCCCUCGCCGCCUUGGGCGCCUGCAGCCUCCGAGGAAGAGGAGGUCGGCGACGCCUCGGAGACGGCUUUUCCGGAGCCUCCGGAGGCUGGAGCGCCUUCGCCCGGAGCCUCCCCGCCUCGGCCUCGCUCCUCGAGGCCAACCUCGGCGAAGGCGCGCGUCUUUUUUGCGGAAAGGCUUAUAUAG